GUUUUAAUUUCCCCUUGGAAGACGAAAACCCGUGAUGGCUGAAGCAAGUGAAGCAAGUGAAGCAAGUGAAGGGAGAAAUGAAAAAGAUAUUAUGACGUAAUGUGGUUUAACAAUUUACUGGUCACAGUGGUUGGUCUUGCAAAUAGAAUUUCUUGGUUGGGCCACACUUCACCACAAUUCAAAGGGAUCUAAUCUAUUUUCAGCCAUGAUAGUGCCAACUCUUUUCUUGCUGGUUAAUAAUAAGAGAUGAAAUAAGGUAAAUUAGUGACGUUGUACUUCCGACUCAAGCAAAAUCGGGAAAUCGUACCAUUCAAGUUCCACAAGUCCAAAGCCCAAAGUUCUUCUCACUGCUCAUACAUAAAGGUCCACUUUCCCUUUGGUUAGCUACUUUCUUCUGCAAACAUACAUUCCAAUCUUCUCUACAUUACAUCGAACAUCGAGCAUCGAACAUCAAGACAAAGAAUAAGAACUCUUCGUUUUCCAAGACAUCCAUCAACCUUUUACCAAUUAAAUCCAACAUCAUGCCUUUCACAGCAAGCGAUAUCUGCAAGAUUAUUCUCGCCGUCAUCUUACCACCUCUUGGUGUAUUCCUUGAGAGAGGUUGCGGUGCCGAUUUGCUCAUUAACAUCCUUCUCACCAUCCUUGGAUAUAUCCCCGGUAUCAUCCACGCUCUAUACAUCAUUCUGAAGUAUUAAGCUUCUCACGAUAACGACUUUCCUCAAACUCAAAAUAAACGAUAUACCGUACUCGACUUCGAUCACACGAUACCCCAAUCUUCCUACCUCUUUCACAUCUUCCCGAAAUCAGGCCUGACCAAUACGGUUCAUGCUCAGACAUAUUAAUGAAUAAUCAACUUCUUGGCAUCGGAAGAGUCGGCUGCUGAAUACUUCUCGGCUUGAAAUCAUGAUGGCUCGGGAGUUAGACAUAAACGUGCAUGGGCAUGGGUCAUUUGGGAAGUUUUUGAUUUUUUGAUUUAUACUUUUUCUUGCGCAUUUCAUACAUGGGGUUUUUAUGGAAUGGUUCUUUUCGUCGGGUUUUUGGCAGCAUGUCUACGGACUUGCGGUGCAAUAUGGGUCUUCAGGGGGGGAAAUGUACAGAGCAAUGGGGUGGAUGGAUAAUAUAAUGAAUGAUUACAAUCCGAUUACAAUCAUUUUUUAGAGCAUGAAAUAUUUGGGAAUAUGCACGUCGUGAUAAUCGCUGUG